AAAAACCAAGAAACUCUUGCCACACAAAGCCUUUAGACAUCUCUAACCUCCUUAAGAAGAACCAACAUACGCGUGAGAGAUUGAGGAGAGAGAAAGCAAGGCAGAGAGAGUAAGAGUGACGAGUUGUUCCAAAGGUUCUGGUGACUGAGACCUGGAAAUGGCAUCACUAACAGUGACGGCUUCUUGCCCAGCCUCGUCAGCCUUUGGAGGCUCAAAGCUCUCCAGGUCUCCGGCGGCGGCGCCGAGGAUGGCCGUGGAACUGAGCCGGCAGCCCAGGGGAGGAGCCGUGGUCAGGGCACAGGCAGCAGAAACCGAGGUCGUCGAGAAGAAGAGCAGCGGCAGGAGGGACAUCGUCUUCGGCGCCGCUGCAGCUGCUGUGUUCUGGUCUGUGGCGUCGGCGACCGGGGAGGCGAAUGCGGCCGAUGAGCCCAAGAAGGGGAGUCCUGAGGCUAAGAAGCUGUACGCUCCAGUGUGUGUCACCAUGCCCACUGCUCGCAUCUGCCGCAAUUGAGUAAGAAGACAAAUAUGCAGUUUGGUGGUAAAACUCUUUUUACCAUCGUGGUUUCAUGUACGUUCCAACUUGCUUCAGUAAAGCUUUCUUGCUAAAUGGUAUUCCUGCUUCAA